AUGAAUGUUCAAGAAACAUCUUCACAAAGUAUUCCAGCAGCGCCUUUUGUCGAAAAAGUUGAAGAUUUUGUAACGUCUCGUGAGAAUGUUGAAUCAGUGUUGAAGCAUUUUCAACAAUUAAUAGCAAAAUAUCGGUUUAUGGAAGCCAAUUUUCAACGUCAUGUUAUGGUACUUUUAGAUAAAAUCCCAGAAAUGGAUAAAACAUUGCAGAUGUUAAUUAGAAAAAGUGAUAUUUUACAGGAAAAAAAAGAAUCAUUUGAUACGUAUUUUGAACUAAAUGAUACACUUUAUUUUAAAAUCAUUAUUCCAUCAACAGACAAAGCUGGAGUGUGGCUUGGGGCAAAUGUUAUGAUUGAAUAUCCUAUUCCUGAGGCCAUUGAGUUUCUGACAUCAAGGAUAUCAGCAGCAAAAGCAUCUUUGAAGAAAUACGAGGAAGAUCUUGAAUUUAUUCGAGAAAAUAUUACUAUUUUAGAAGUGAAUAUUGCAAGAAUAUAUAAUUGGGAUGUGGCACAGAGACGUAUUGAAAAGUCUUCAUGUAUUGAAAAAUAA